AUGACGAUGAGCUUUGACACGACUAAAGCCAAACUGUGGAAGCCGUUCUUCUCCAGAUCCUUCUCUCACCCCGGGGCUGUCGAGCGUGCAGUUGUUUGCCAGAGGAGCUGGUUGUAUCGGCGCACGGACAGAGCGGCGGCCGCGGAGCUUCAGGACCGAAUCGAGAAGAUCCUGAAGGAGAAGAUGACGGAGUGGCGCCCGCGUCACCCGACCCGCUGGAACCGCUUCUGCACCACCACGCUGAAGCAGUUCCUGCCCAAACUGGAGCUGAGCGGCGGGGCGGGACGUGGCGGAGGGUCACCGCCACGAGCUGCAAAGCCUGCUGGGAGACAACAGGAUCUCAGGGUUCCCUCUGCACCUGCCCUUCUCAGAGGUCCGGCCCAUCGUGGAGGCCGUGUUCAGCACCGGAGUCCACAACGUUCAGGCUUCUAACGUGGAGUUCGCCCUGGCCG